AUGGGUAACCUACCUACAGCCAGGGUCACGGAAUCUCGGCCAUUCACUAAUGUGGGAGUCGACUAUUGCGGACCUUUCUUCAUAAAGGAAAGAAAACAUAGAAAUCUCAACCGGGUCAAGGUCUACGUUGCAGUUUUCGUCUGCCUCGCCGUAAAGGCGAUCCAUUUGGAGCUCGUUAGCGAGUUAACCACUGAGGCUUUCCUGGCGGCCCUCAGACGGUUUAUCGCUAGAAGAGGAUUCUGUACGGACCUGUAUUCGGACAACGGUUCCAAUUUCGUUGGAGCAAACAACGAGCUACGUGAACUACGCGCACUACUACAAUCCGACGACCAUCGCGAGAAGGUCACCACCUUUCUCGCAGAACGCGCCAUCAACUGGAACUUCAUCCCUCCGUUGACACCUCACUUUGGAGGACUUUGGGAGGCUGCGGUGAAGUCAUUCAAAUAUCAUUUGAAACGCGUCGCAGGCGCAGAAUUAUUCACCUUUGAGAACUUCAACACCCUAAUUAUUGAAAUCGAAUCCAUAUUGAACUCUCGUCCACUCACUCCAAUUUCAUCUGAUCCAAACGACCUCCUGGUCCUCACACCUGCUCAUUUCUUGAUCGGCGACUCCUUGACUAGCUUGCGUGAGAGAAAUUUCAGAGAUACUCCAUCGAAUCGCCUUUCCAGUUGGCAACACGUCCAAAAGGUGAAGCAACAUUUCUGGACCAGAUGGCACCGAGAGUAUCUCAAUGAGCUGACCACCCGCAGAAAACGAAGGAGACGUCUGCACAGUUUGAAAACUAAAACUGAAGUGAAGAGUCGUCAGAGGAAAAACCCCUAUUGGGUCCACUUAGAAAAACUAAAUAUAGAAAUGCCCGGAGUUUUAUUGCUCAGGUCAUUCCUGGAAAACUCUAUACACCCAUCGGUCCCCAACCUAAAGACUGUUGUGUAA